AUGUCGAGACCAAGAGAUCUUUCUUCUAAGCUAGAGUCUCUCAAUGAGCUCGAUUUCGAAAGUUUGAAAGAGAAAGCUGUUUCGUUGUUGAGACAAAACCAGCAACUUGAAAAUACCCUAUUGAAGCUUCGCGAACAGAAUAUAGAAAAGCGUAAAACUAUCCAGCCGUUUGAAUUUGAGAGGUAUAAAAAGCGUCAUAUAGCCCUAAAGUUCUCCUAUUUGGGGUGGGAUUACGGUGGUCUAGUUCCUCAAUAUGGUCUUGCACUGACUGUUAUGGACCGCAUGUUUGACGCAUUAGAGCAGUGCAGGCUAGUGCAGGAUAGAAAUGAAUGUGAAUUUUCAGUUUGUGGACGGACUGACAAGGGAGUUAGUGGAUUAUGUCAGGUUGUUACCUUAAUAUCACGGUCUCUCCUAGCUUCUGGAACAGGCAUAAUCGAUGACUCUGGUCCCUGUAUAUCUGAACGUCACGGUAUUCCCGAAGUAGAAAUGGACUACGUAUCUAUGCUAAACCAAAACUUGCCACGAGACAUACGGGUUUUGGCUUGGUCUCCUGUCUCUUCAGACUUCAGCGCAAGGUUUGAUUGUUUGAAGAGAACAUAUGAAUAUUAUUUUCCUGAGGGUGGACUGGAUAUCAAGUCAAUGGUUGAUGCAGGUAGUCGACUGGUCGGAGUGCACGAUUUUCGAAAUUUUUGUGCUUCCCGAAUCGAAAAAGAAACAGUUACUUUUGUCCGUGAAAUCUUUGAAGUGUCGAUAAAUCUGGUGGAUGGUUCUGAAAAGUAUUCAGAUGACCAUUCAAGACUUUAUCGUGUUUCCAUAUCGGCAUCAGGUUUUCUCUAUCAUCAAAUACGAUAUAUUGCUUCCGUCUUGUUCAUGGUUGGAAGAGGAUAUGAAAGUCCAUCAGUUGUUGAUGACUUAUUGGAUUUAAAUAAGACUCCUGCUAAACCACAAUAUCAACUGUCUGCUGAUUUCCCAUUGUUAUUCAUUACCGGUGAAUAUCCAGAAUCUGCUCUAAAUUGGGAGACCAGUGAAGCUGCACAAUUGCACCUGGUUAAACAUUAUCAAAAGCUGUGGUCUGAAUAUGGAGUUCGAUCAGCUGUCAUUAAAAGAAUAUUAGACUUCGUUGAAAGUUCCUUUCCAAUUAGUUCAUCGUUGAAGCAUCAUUUAGAUAAAAUAUGUCCAGAAGCUCGAUUUCAUCCCCCAAAUCCAAUCAAGAAGCUGUCUGUCAGACAAGUCGAACCUACUCUAGAUGAAAAGAUUCAAAAGAUACGUAAAAAACGGAAGAUGGAUCCUAAUAAUUCAGAAAAUGUGACAGAUGAUGACAUUGAAGUUACUUGAUCAAUUGA